AUGUCGGAGGAAGCAUGGAAGGACUUUGACCACUUCAUCAACUACUAUGUGCCAAAGCAAACAAUCCCACGUCUGCGGCAAUUUGCCGCUGUCAUCGAGAGACACUCGAGGAUCAGGCUCGCAUUAAAGAGUCAAGAAAGGAAGGCGGACCUGGUCAACAAGCUCCAGGCCGCGUUCCAGACGAUGAAAAGCAACAACCAGCUUCCAAUAUACCAGGCAACAAGAGCGGAGUGCGAGCAGAUUGGGGCGGGCCAGUUCUCUCACAACUCUCAGGUGCUUCCACCACCAACCUUUGGCACGGUGCCAGCAUCAAACUCGGCCGCUAGACUUCACAACGCCUUGAACGCUCCUGUGAACGGGUACGGGGGACCGAGUGGGAGUGGGUGGAGAGGCCCAGCUCAAGCUCAUGCCUCCACCAGUGCGCGCGAAUACCUUCUCGUUGACUGGAAGCGUAGCCCGAUGUGGAAGCCACUCAAGGCUCUCACCGGUAUGGAAACUCUGCCAGACAUCAUGUCCAACGAAAGCUCACAUACGCGUCGCGAGAGGCGUGUCGUAUUCUCCUUGCCGAACGACGUGAUCGAAGCUCUGAACAAGUCCAAAUCUGAUCCGCGAUCUCGUCCACUACACUCUGUGCGACUCUUCUGCGCGUCGAACGACUCGUAUCGACAACCAGGCAUGGCUGGACCUCCCGGCCAGCCGAUUCCAAGCAACCGCCAAGUCCCCAUCGAGUACCCCUCGAAUCCGGAUGUUCUGGUCGACGGACACACCGUGCCUUUCAAGGAGCGAGGUUUACGAGGGAAGCCAGGGAGUGCACCUCCACUGGACUUGGACAAAUCUAGUCGAGGACUUGUCCGCAUGGCAGGGCGGAUGGCGAGCGUCUCAAUGGGCCACACUGGGCCGACUGCAAGCAAGAAAAAGGAGUACUCAAAGAAAUUCUUCUUUCAGGUCGUGUACUGCGAGGUCACUACCAUGGAGGACCUGCUAGGGCGGCUUGAGUCUCUGACGCCGACUGAUCCCGAGGUUGAGUUGGCAAGACUGCGGCAACAAGCAGCAGAGGACGACGACAUCCAGGUCGGGACAUCGAGCUUGUCGCUCAAGGAUCCGCUCUCCGGCAUGCGCAUCACAAAGCCCGUUCGCUCUCGCAAGUGCUCGCACCUCCAAUGCUUCGAUGCGAAAUGGUGGCUAGAGUCGAACAAGAGUCACCCACAGUGGCUCUGUCCCCAUUGCAGCAAGGAACUCGACUUUGAAGACGUCAUCUGCGACGGCUACUUUCUGAGCAUUCUGCGCGCGGUUCCGGACUCGUUUGAUGAGGUGACCCUCGAACCGAGCGGGGAGUGGCAUACCCAGAACAACCAGUAUGGGUCAACUGACUGGCUUGCGGAGCACGGUGCAGCGCCACCUAUCACUGCGAACACCAUCAAGCGUGCUCGGUCGAGCAGCAUGAACGGGGUGAAUACGACGCAGGGUAAACGCCGCGCCAUCGAGAUCCUAUCAGACUCGGAUGAUGACGAGGACAGCGAGACGCCGGCUACGUCUGUCGCCAACGGUCACUCGAACGGGUACGCCAGCACGAAUCCUAAUUCUUGCGGCGUCUCGCACUCGAUGCGGUCGACUGCAUCUGCGCAACCGCCGGCCAUCAUCGACCUGACGUUGUCGUCGGACGAGGACACGGAUGACGAGGACCAGCUGCAUUUUCGCCCGCCGGGCGGAGGUUCCACGAGUCGCGCAGGCGGCGGCUCAUCGGGAGCCCGUCCGGCGAGUGAAACUAGGGGCUACCCCAUGUGGAGCCCGAAGCGCCUUGUGACGACAUCGGCUACAAGCACAGGUCCGCCCAGCACAUCUGCCCCAGCCGAGCCAGGUAUCACAUUACGACUUAAUCCGCCGAGCGCACCGAGUGUUCCUGCGCCCAGUGUGUAUGCCACGCCGUCGAACAUCCGCGGUUUGGCACAUCCGCCUCCUUUCCAUGGCGAAGGUUUGACCAGCGCCCAGAUCUUCCAGGCCGCCGACCAUUUUGGUCCUCGUGCGUCGUCCAGUCGCUCUCACGACAAUGCCUCUGCCUCUGGCGGCCUCACUGCGGCUCAAAUCCUAGCGGCAGCAGACCACUACAGGUCGUGGGCUCCCUCAUCCUCAACCCCACCGCCGCCGCCUGGUGACAGCCCCACCGGGUCAAUGCAGCCACAGCCGAGGAUCGCGAGCUCGUAUCGCCCACCUCCGCGCUCAUCGAACGGAUACUCACACUACAGCUAG